UAAACAUCCGCCCUCCUCCCCGCCCUCCCUUUGCCACGCAGACCGGUCGCUUCCGCCCAGGAGCUGGAUUGGGUUCUGUUAAAGAGCUUCUCAGUCUUAAUUUACCAUGGCUGGUAAAACUGGACCAGAACAUCUCUUUAAUGCAGCCACUGAGGUCGAGGCCGCAGGAACGUUGUUGAGCAACAAGAUCAACAUCCCAGCACUCUUGCCCCAAGGCCCUGCUAAGGAAUGGCUAGAUCAGCGUCGGGCUACCAUUCGCCCCUGGGCCAACUUCGUGGACCAGAGACGUUUUGCGAAGCCUCAGAAUUUUGGGGAACUGUGUAAACGGCUUGUCCGCAACGUGGAAUAUUUCCAGAGCAAUUAUGUCUUUGUCUUCCUGGGACUUAUCGUCUAUUGUCUUAUCACCUCCCCUUUACUUCUGAUUGCGCUCGCUGUGUUCUUUGGGGCCUGUUACAUCAUGUACUUGAAGACCCAGCAGUCACAGCUUGUUGUGCUCGGGCGGGAACUCAGCACAGCCCAUCAAUACAGUCUGGCCGGAGCUGUCUCGUUUCCUUUCUUCUGGCUGGCGGGCGCCGGCUCAGCAGUCUUUUGGGUGCUGGGCGCCACCUUGGUCGUCAUUGGAUCGCACGCCGCCUUCCAUGAGCUGGAAUCCGCGGAGAUCGAUGAACUGCAGAUGGAGCCCGUGUAAAAAAAAAAAAAAAAAAAAAGGCAACAGCACUUCCUCUUGGAUCCAUCUCUCCCUCCCGCUACUCCAUUUGCUAUUACCUUGCCUGUGUAUCUAAUGCUGCUAUUUCAUUCAACUGCCAGCACGCCAACUUACACUGCAAUUCCCUCCAAAUCUUGAAAACUGCCCUGUGGCUCCCCCCGUGGGAGGAUGUUCUCCUGUUUCUGAUUUUUCUUCAGAUAUUACUCCAUCUCUGAAAAGUCUUAUUCCCAGUGGCCAUGGGGUUUUUUUUUUCUUUCUUUCAUUGAGCAUGUGAUAGAAUGCUGCUGUUAGAUUAUUUCCUCUGUAGGUUUUUAGAUCCCAUCAUCGGCAUUUCCCCUAAUAGCCUAGAAGCCCCACAUGCAAACCUCCUGCACUUGGCUGCCUUCCGCCUCUGAUCCGUUAACAUUAAAGAAACGGUGACAUUCA